AUGGAGUCUACAUAUCAUACCCUUGUUCAGCGGAUCGUCCUCAAAUGGGCUGAGAAGAGGCGCACAUCAUCUGACACCUCCAAUGUACAUCCCCGCCUCAUUAUCGCCCUCGCAGGGCCACCGGGGUCCGGAAAGACAACCAUCGCCCAGAAAGUCGUCUCCGCCAUCAACGCCUCCCAGGAACCCCACCCAAAGUCUAUUGUGCUAUCUGCGGACGGCUUUCAUUUACCUCUCGCAGCUCUCCGGGAGCUUCCUAAUGCGGCGGAAGCAAUUGCUCGCCGCGGGGCCCCUUGGACCUUUGAUGGCCAGGCUGUCAUCGACCUCGUCCGGCAGCUGCGGGCUUCAGCAGGACUGCGACCCGUUCUUGCACCAACCUUUGACCACAAAGUAAAGGAUCCCGUUUCCGAUGGGUUCACUGUAGAUGCAGAUGUUCAGGUUUGCAUUGUUGAGGGGAAUUAUUUGCUCGUGGAUGACGAGCCCUGGAACCAGAUCGCAGAUUUGUCAAGCAACAUGGCAACAAAUGGUUCCACGAAUGGGGCGAGAAAGUCCAUCAGAGCCUCCAAUCCGCCCAUCGAGGAUAGUGUCUUCAAACAGUUCCGCCUUGAUGGAAGAACGGUCAUAAUCACUGGUGGAGCAGGCGGAAUAGGAUCAGAGAUCGCCAGGGGCCUCGCUGAAGCCGGUGCCAACAUUGCCAUAUGGUACAACAGCUCUAAAGCCGCCGUUACCAUUGCCGCAACCAUUGCGGAAGAUUUUGGAGUCAAGACAAAGGCUUAUCAAGUCAAUGUCACCAACUACCCUGCCGUCGAGGCAGCGGUGGCAGAAGCGGUCAAGGACUUCGGUCGUCUGGAUGUCAUGAUCGCCAACGCCGGAAUCCCGUCCAAGGCCGGAGGCCUGGAUGACAAGGUCGAGGACUGGGAUCGUGUACGUGCAGUCGACUUUGACGGCGCGUACUACUGCAUGAGGGCGGCUGGUCUCGUGUUCCGUGAGCAGAAGAGGGGCGCAGGCAUCAUCACUGCGUCCAUGAGUGGUCACGCUGCGAACGUACCGCAAGAACAGAGCUGCUACAAUGCCUGCAAGGCAGGAACCAUACACCUAGCGCGGUCUUUGGCUGUCGAGUGGGCCAAGUGGGGAGGACGCAUCAAUUCAGUGUCUCCUGGUUACAUCGAUACCGUCAUCUCGGGUGAUUGUCCGUUCGAGAUGAAGGAGGAGUGGUUCAGCUUGACACCACUGCGUAGAGAUGCUGAUCCGAGGGAGUUGAAGGGCGUUUACCUGUACCUAGCGAGUGAUGCUAGUUCCUACACAACUGGGGCUGACUUCAUCGUGGAUGGUGGGUACACGGCACGGUGA